AUGUGCCUUCAGAAUUGUGGCGUAGAGCAUUUGUCAGUAGAAGAGGCAGUUGCAGCUGAUGAGAGUCUACUUAUUUACUGCAAGCCUGUUGAGCUUUACAAUAUUCUUGGCCGCCGCGCUCAAGACAAUCCAUCAAGUGGGACUGGUAACUUUGCCUGGAAUGCUAUUCAAUUUGAUAUAUGCAGCUUUGGGUUAGCACAUGUUGCUGCCUGGACUGAAUAA